AUGCCAACUCAUUCAUUCCCAGUCCUGAAUCAGCAGUUCAUCGUUGACACAAAGUACCAGUUCAUCCGCGAGAUCGGUCAAGGUGCCUACGGUGUCGUCUGUGCUGCCAAGAACACUCAGACUGGAGAGGACGUUGCCAUCAAGAAGGUUACCAAGGUCUUUGAGAAGGCCAUCCUCGCCAAGCGUGCCUUGCGCGAGGUCAAGCUGUUGCGCCACUUUGCAGGACACGAGAACAUCACAUCAAUUCUCGAUAUGGAUAUCAUCAACGUCAUGGACUUUAACGAGAUUUACCUUGUGCAAGAAUUGAUGGAAGCGGAUCUUCACCAGAUCAUUCGCUCGGAACAGCCUUUGACGGACGCCCACUUUCAGUACUUUGUCUACCAGAUCUGCCGUGGACUCAAAUACAUUCACUCGGCCAACGUCUUGCAUCGUGAUUUGAAGCCCGGCAACUUGCUGGUCAAUGCCGACUGCGAGCUCAAGAUUUGCGAUUUUGGAUUGGCCCGUGGAUUCAGUGAUGAUGCCGAAUCAAACGUCGGUUUCAUGACCGAAUACGUCGCCACCCGUUGGUACCGCGCUCCUGAGAUCAUGCUAAGCUUCCAGAGCUACACCAAGGCCAUUGAUAUGUGGUCAGUUGGAUGCAUUUUCGCUGAGAUGUUGGGAGGCAAGCCUCUGUUCAAGGGACGCGAUUAUGUCGACCAGUUGAACCAAAUUCUUCAAAUUCUCGGAACGCCCGAUGAGGCGACCUUGAGACGCGUCGGCAGUGAGAGAGCCCAGGCGUACAUCCGCAGUUUGCCAAGGAUGCCAACUAUCCACUUCCAGCAGUUAUACCCUCGCGCCAGCCCUUUGGCCAUCGACCUGUUGGAGAAGCUGUUGAACUUUGACCCUGCUGCCCGUAUCACAGUCGAGCAGGCUCUGGCCCAUCCUUACUUGGCUGCCUACCACGAGGAGGACGAUGAGCCCAUCCAUGAGAAGACUUUUGAUUUCCAGUUUGAGGUCACCGACCGUAUCGACGAGAUGAAGAGACUGAUUGCACAGGAGGUCAUGUCGUUCAAGGCGAGCAAGGAGCAGGCAUUGGGAUCACAUGGAGGACUUCGUAGGGCGGCCAGUCUAUCGGCAGCAGACCGUAACGCAACCACUUCGGCAGCUAAGGAAAUUCCCCGAAAUGCCAGUCAAAGGGAGCCUGCCAUCGCAGAGGAGGCUGUUCCUAGCCACCAACAGCAACAUGCUAGCUCAUCUGCUAUGGACGUCGAUGAGGAUCUGGAACGUGAGUUGAGCGGUCAGCAGGCAGUCCGCGCAUAG